UCUAUCAUCCGUAAUUAUGUCAUGGACUCAUAGACCCUUAAGGACCAGAAAAUAUAGCAACAUUUAUAUAAAUAUAUAAAUAAAAACCUAUAUAAACUACAGAAACAGCCAUUUUUAAAGCUUAGUUAAUUUAUAUUGUGCAGUCUUUUUAUCUAGUUGUAUAAGACGCAACAAAGAAAAUGAGUGACGAGUCGAAAGAAAGUGACACUUCCGACUCCAGUGAUUUGUCAGAAACUGAAGAUACCGAUGCUGAUAGUGGUGGUCUGAAACCAAGGAAGUACCAGCUAGAACUGGCAGAGAAUGCUAUAAUGGGAAAAAAUACCAUAAUCUGUUCAGGCACCGGAUCCGGUAAAACAAUCGUAGCGCUGCAUAUAAUAAAGAAUCAUUUAGAGGGAGCACCAAAAGGUAAAAGGAAAGUUGUUUUUAUGGCGAGAACAGGUGCCCUUAUAAAGUAACAAGCAGACAAAUGUAAACAGUGCCUACAGCAGUACGAG